AUGGCAUCCUACACCCACUCAGGUCAGGGAACACCCGGCCAAUCCAAACUCUUCCUCAACCCCGCGGCCCUGAGCCCCGCGGGAGACAGGGCCAACCACACCACGUUCUGGCGGAACCCCAAGGUCGGGAACAUCUACCGCAACACCGAGUACAUCACUGCUCCAAUUACACAGCCGCUGCUGGACUAUUGCGGUCUGACCGAAGACAACAUUGCUUCGCUCACUGAGCCUAUCGAGGUGCUUGAUAUGUGCUGCGGUGCAGGCGUGGUCUCGGCCCGCAUCCAAGAGAUGCUGAAGACGACGGGUCAGGGUGGAAAGGGGCUUGUGAGGCUGACUUGUUCUGAUUCUAGUGGUGGUCAAAUUGGGCAUGUCAGGGGCCGAGUUAGGAAGGACGGCUGGACUGAUGCGACGGUAGUCCAGGCGGAUAUUGCAAGCCUACCCUUUGAGUCAGACAGCUUCGAUUACAUCGUUGUUGGUAUGGCUUUGAUGGUUGUAGCUGAACCCUACGCAGGUCUAGCAGAACUAUGCCGCGUCCUUAAGCCAGGCGGCCGCAUCGCAAGCUCUACAUGGGCAACAGAAGGAUGGGUCUCCGACACCCGCGACGCCGUCGCAAACUUUGGCAUCCCUGGGCAGCAACCGGUUCCGUGGCCUCAAAAGUCAUGUCAUCUAACGGGACUCUGGUCACCUGGCGCAUGGGAUGACCCCUACUUUGCGGCCGCUAUGUAUAAUGCGUCCGGACUGACUGAGAUCAAGUCGGAGAUCAUAGCGAAGCCCAUCACUUUCAGAGAUCCUGAGCAGUUUUGUACCAUCUUUGAGGCGUUGCUUACGGGCACCGUCGAGAGGUACUGGUCUAGAGAGCAGAAGGAGAAAUUAAGGCACAAGUUGAAGCCUGCGAUCGUUGAGUAUUUGGGCAAGAGGUAUGGUGGGGGGCCUUUUGAGAUUGAAAGAUCCAUUGUUCUUGUUAGGGGGACUAAAGCAAAAGAUUGA